AUGCACGCGGUUGGAUUGCACUCGGCGCUGGCCAUCAAGCGUCAGCGAAUGCGCCGGGACGAGCAGCGUCGCGCGCGCGAGCGUCGUUAUAGCGCGCAAUCGGGCGAAAGCGGCCUGACAUCGCCUAGGGCCUCGACCGGAUCGCUGGACCACCAUGGCAGGCAUCACAAGGGCACGCAUGGCGGGGCGCGUGCGGCCGGCCAAGGUAUGCUGGACACGAAGGUGGUCACUUCGAUCGGAAUGCUGCACAUCGGCGUGGUAUUCCUGGUACUGGGCGCUUUCCUGCUGAUGAGCGGCUUGUUGCCAGGCGACCUCGCUCACUGGGGCACCAAAGCAUCUGGCGGCUGGUGGAACGAGCUGGUCGCGGUCGGCUUGUUCGCGAUCCUAGUCGAUCCCGAUCAGGACAUCGAUUGGAGCGGGAUGUGGAAACCGGUGGACUGA